CAUGGAUGCUGAAUGCGGAGGAGCAGGGCGUUUGUCUAAGUGCGGUCCCCCCAUAAGAGGCUUGCUGUCACAUCCCCUGGGCACUUUGUUCCAAAUGCACGUUAUUUUGAUCCUCCGCAAGUUGCUUGCCUGCAGAUUCAGUCCCAAUGUUUGGACCUUAAGACCUCCCCCCGGCACCAUGGCGGCCUUCAUCGUUGCCGCGUCGCCCUCGCGGCCGAGCGCCUGGCGCGCUCGGGAGCCGAGCGCUCCGCUGGCGGGCGCGCCGAGCGCUCCGCCCAGCGCUCCGCGCCGCCCGGCGUGGACGGCCCGGACCGUGGCGUGGACGGCCGCGGGCAGUGCCGGGCUCGCGGCGGGUGCCGCGCGGAGUCGCCGCGGGCGUCGGGAGUCCCGCGCGGGGGCGGUGACGUGGCGCUGCGCGCGGCCCAAGCGGAAAGGCCGUGGACCGAAGCAGGAGGAGCCGCCGGAGCAACUUGAACUUGAUGAUCUCAUUCUGCCAGCGGAUGGGAUGACUUUGGGUGAGCUGGCUUCGUUGAUUCGGACGCCGGUGGCCCAGAUCAUCACCUAUUUCUUCGCUGAGAAGGGUAAGCCGAUGACGAUCAACGACGUCUUGGAAAAGGAAUUGAUUGAAGAGGUUUGCAAUCAUUAUGAAUUGGAAUACAUUUUCGAUGAUGAGAAGACCACCACGGCGGGCGACCGGGGCUUUCUGGCAGAACAACAGGAGGGUGACCACCUUGAGCCUCGCCCUCCAGUGGUCACAGUCAUGGGGCAUGUGGACCAUGGGAAGACCACCUUGCUGGACACCCUGCGGCAACGGAGCGUGGCGGCCACGGAGGCGGGGGGCAUUACCCAGCGGAUCGGCGCCUAUACGGUGGAACUGGAUGGGCAACAGAUCACCUUCAUAGACACGCCCGGGCACGAGGCCUUCACCGCCAUGCGCGCGAGAGGCGCGCAGGUCACCGACAUCGCGGUGCUGGUGGUGGCCGCUGACGACGGGGUGAUGCCCCAGACGCGCGAGGCGAUCGCGCAUGCGCGGGCGGCGGAGGUGCCGAUCAUUGUGGCCAUCAACAAGAUUGAUAAGGACGGUGCAGAUGCGCAGAUGACCCGGCAAAAGCUCUCCGAGGAAGGUUUGAUCGCUGAAGAUUGGGGUGGCGAUGUUCCCAUGGUGGAGGUGAGUGCCAAGAAGAACAUCAACUUGGACGAGUUGCUGGAGAUUUUGAACCUCACAGCUGAGAUUUCUGAGUUGAAAGCAAUUCACAAAGGCCCUGCAGCAGGCGUGGUUUUGGAAUCUACCUUCGAUGCGUCCAAGGGCAAUCUGGCAACACUGCUGGUGCAGCGCGGCACCCUGAAGAGGGGCGACUACACCGUUUCGGGCACGAAGUUCGGCCGGGUCAGAGCCAUGGAAAACGAGGCAGGUGCUGAUGUGCCGGUAGCUGGGCCCUCAACUGCUGUUCAAGUGACUGGCUUUCAGGAGUCCCCACAGGCUGGUGACCAGUUUGAGGUCUUUGAGACAGCCCAAGAAGCCACUUGGAUCAUGGCAAGGGCGCGGUAGAUUCAAGCCAGCCCCAGACACCCCUGAAAGGCUCUAGGAAUCUCUAAUGGACUUGAUGUACAGUAUAGCUGCUUAGCCUUUCAGGAUUCGCUUCAGUGUCACUUGAAUGUUCGUUUCCUUGCAGCCCAAAGGACCCCACUCCGACGGGCCUGACCUGCCCACCUCCUUGGGGUCAAAGUUGAAGGUUGAACAGCGGCUCGGUUGCUCCAAGUAUUGCAGCCACUUGGACAUGCCCAGUGACCUACAGAGUGUCAUGUCGUGGCCUUCCCUCUCUCGGCGCUUCGUGCGCUCGCUUCCCCCUUCCUGACAUCGCGAGGCGAGGGCGGUGGCUGAGCGCCGGGCAAAGGAGACGAGCCGUGGGCCACUGGGCUUUGCGGGGCUGAGCAACGACAGCGAUCAGACGAUGCGUUUGGCCUUGAUCCUGAAGACCGACGCGCAAGGGAGCAUCGCCGCCGUGAAGCACAUGUUCUCCGAUGUGAAGGAUUCGAAGUAUGUGAACUUGAGAUGGGUCUUAACAGCGCCAGGACGCGCAUGGGAGGGGAUUUCGGCUAGUUGGGCUGAGUUUCCAUUGCAAGCAACUUUCGGGUCAGUUGAGUCAUUUGGGGUCGUUAGAGCGUGGGAUUUCGUUGCCAAAGGGGCCUCUUUGGACACAGCGCCCCUUCAGCUGAACGCCCAAGACCUCCCCCAACCACCUCCAAGCCCUGCGCCCUGCUGCGCUCUGUACCAGCGGCCCAGGCAUUUCACCUCCCUUGUUCCCGAAUGCGUAGCGAAGGGUUCUCGUUCAACUUUGGCAUGCUGAAGGUAGAGCGUUCUUCAUGUCCGCAACCGUCCGCAACCAUUCACAACCGACCCAAUGUGAUCGAUAAGGCCGUGCCAUUGGGACUUUGACGCGUGACUUUUGGAGGAAGUCUUGUAUGAAAUGGUCGUUUUGGAGAGUUGACACUUGACGUUUGAAGGAAGUCUUGAACG